AUCCCAGAGCCGCUGGGGCAUGCGCACUUAAGGAGCUGUAAAUAGAGAAGAAUCAAUUUGAUACAUUUGUUAUUAGUUUUGUCACGUUUCAUUUUGAAAUUGUUAAAAUGAUAAAACUGUGACAUGCAAUCAAACAAUAGCUCUUCAGGUUGAACAGUUUAAGUGGUAGUCUGGCUUGUCUCUUUGUUGCCAUGGUAACGGUACACUUGACCGUUUUACAGUCUUGCUCCAGUCGAUAAAUCCCUGGUUUGUGUGCUUGUUUGUUUAUUUUGAGAAGACAGGGUGCUAGAAAGUCAAUGUAGUAAUGGAGCUCAUCGGAAGCAGUUACAAAGGAGAUACAAAAAAUGGCAGGAUGGAUGGAAAAGGAGAGUACACCUUUCCCACAGAGACAAAGUAUGAGGGAGAGAUGAAAGACGGGAUGCUCCAUGGCAAAGGAGUUCUACACUUUCCAAAUGGAAGUAAAUAUGAGGCCACCUGGGAAAAUGGCAUAGCCAAACAGGGGUCAUUUACCUUUGCUGAUGGUCUGCAGUACCAGGAGAAGGACUGGGACUACUGUGAUGGUUACGACAGGCGCUUCUACAGUGAGAGGUGCAAUGGACUCAGACCUGCAGGAGAAUCUCAGUUAACUGAUCUGCAUCCGCCACGCCUCAUUCCUGAUGGAUGCUACGAUUGUGGAGAUGGUUUCUAUGACCCCAAUUCCAGAGUUGUCACUUCCCACACUGGCAGAUUCCUCAGGAAUGCAGGCACAUUUGUCAGAGUGGGUGUGAAGACAGAAUUUAUUGCCUCAUGGCUUCCGUCCAGGAUGAGGAUGAUGGGACACAGGGCAGACCCUCCCUCCCAGAGGGGACGCUUGCUACAGAGAGGAAAAAGGAAGGUGCUCCCCAUGUAGCCGCUACAGCUGGUGGAUGUAGGACAAGGUAGAACUGAGCCUGUGAAGACAAAGCCUCGCAUCUAGAGAAGUUGCAAACAUGAUUUGUAUGGAACUGGUUUGAACUACAGACGAUUCAAGUUUUACGCCCUGAACUAAACAUUAUUGCUAUUAAAAUAUCAGACUAACUUUACUCACUGGCCAAAACUGACCUAUUGUGAAGCUUCUCUCCUCGGUUACUGUUGCUAACAUGGACAAAUAUUCCUUCCUGGCAUUGUGCCAGGUAGCAAAACAAUAGGAUCUGUUGCUAAUAUCCCCCAAGAGGUUAAAGAUUAUUUUUGGAGGUGAACCGCUUUCUUGUCAUCAAGAAGCUGCUGAUAUGCCUGCAUGCAUGUAUGGAGGGAUGUCAAUAAUACUUGUACGCCACGAAAAAAUGUAGGAUAGUGGAAAUGGAGGGUGAUGAUAGUAAGUGUCAGUUGGAAUUAUUAAGGAGGAACCACCCAUCACAGAUGUGUACAGAGGGUUAAAUGUAAGAUGCAACAUCUCUGAAACAAUUGCUAUACUGAUCCUGGUACAGUUACUUCAAAGAGCCCAUUAACUGUCAGGUUGGUGUUUUCCACAUGUUAAAGUACAUGUCCAAGUAAGACACUGGAACCCCAAGUGCUCCCCAAAUACAAGUCAGUUUGGAUAAAAGUGUGAAAUGAAUGGAACACAAAAAAUACUAACAAAAAAUAGGAUGAUCUGUAUGGCCUGCUCAGCAUAUAAGAAAUC